AUGGCGCAGGCUCUUCGAUUUGUGUGCCUCCUGGCUCUCUGCCUAGCUGUCUCAGCUAAGGUUUACUUCGAAGAGAAGUUUGACGACACAUGGCAGUCGAGGUGGGUAGUUUCCGACUGGAAGAAGUCGGAGGGAGCUGCGGGAGAAUGGAAGCACGCGGCUGGGAAGUACUACAAGGAUCCUGAGGAUAAAGGUAUCCAGACACACCCCGACGCUCGUUUCUUCGCGAUUUCCUCCAAGAUCGAGGAAUUCGACAACAAGGACAAGGACCUCGUUCUUCAGUUCCAAGUGAAGCAUGAGCAGGAUCUUGACUGUGGUGGUGGCUACAUCAAGCUUCUGGAGGGAGAGGUCGACCAGAAGAACUUCGGUGGCGACACGCCUUACAGCAUUAUGUUCGGCCCAGACAUCUGCGGGUACUCAACCAAGAGGGUCCACGCCAUCAUCACCCACGAGGGCAAGAACAUGUUGAUUAAGAAGAACGUUGAGUGCGAGACCGACACGCUUUCCCACGUCUACACUUUCAUCCUGAGCCCCAACAACACCUACAAGAUCCUGAUCGACAACGUCGAGAAGUCUGGCGGCGACAUUUUUGCGGAAUGGGAUUUCCUGAAGCCUCGCCAGAUCCCUGACAAGUCCGUCAAGAAGCCCGAGGACUGGGUUGACGACGAGUACAUGGAUGAUCCCGAGGACAAGAAGCCCGAUGGCUGGGAUGACAUCGCCGCCGAGAUUGUGGAUCCUGAGGCGAAGAAGCCCGAGGACUGGAACGAUGAGGAUGAUGGUGAAUGGGAGGCUCCUCUUAUCCCCAACCCCGAGUACAAGGGCGAAUGGAAGCCCAAGAGGAUCAAGAACCCCGCGUACAAGGGCAAGUGGAAGCCUCCUAUGAUUGACAACCCUGACUUCGUGGAGAAGCCAGAGGCCUAUCGUCUACCACCUCUGCGCUAUGCUGGCUUUGAGAUCUGGCAGGUCAAGGCAGGCUCCAUCUUUGACAACAUCCUUGUCACUGAUGACGCUGAGUAUGCUCGCAAGUUCGCUGAGGACACUUGGGGCGCCAUGAAGGCGGAGGAGAAGAAGAUGCAUGACGAGGCCGAGAAGUCCAAGGAGGAGGAGGAGAAGGAGGAUGACGCUGGGGACGAUGAUGCUGAUGAUGAGGAUGAUGCCGAGGCUGAUGCUGAGGCUGCGGAGGCCGCUGAGGAUAAGGAGGAUGCGGAGGAGGCCAAGGAGGAUGCUGGUCACGACGAGCUGUGA